GAAGAAGAAGAAGAAAUAUUACGUUAUUUUUUUCGGAUCCGACGUCGGAGCAACCGAGCGGGCAGUAAAACCGGCGUCCGGCACUCUCGUACCACGCGCGUCGUCACUGGUCGCUCUAAACGAACAGUUUUCGUCAUUCGCGUGCCGACUACUCCACAACGUGCGCGKUAUUCUCCGAUUUUGUAUUCACUGGAUCGAACGAUCGAAUGGCGUCGAAACGGACUUAGCAGGGUAUUUUAACGGAAUAAUACGUUAACAUGGGCACAAGAGUGGCAGCAGCACAUUUCUCGGACAAGACGUUCGUCGGGGUGCCACAGCUGCUAGAGGACCUACAAAAAUUGGCCGACGAUCAUGAAUCAGCUGAUAUUGUCUUCCUUAUUGGUCGGGAGGAAGUACCCGUUUAUGCCCAUCGAAUUAUCUUAAUGACAAGGUGCAAAAGCUUCCAGUCUGUGAAGCGGAGUGAGAUAUGUCGCAUACCCGGUUGUUCCGUAUCGCCUUCCGCUCCCGGGACGCCAACUCCCAUCCGGUUGCCACAGUUCCAGGGUGAGACUUUCAAACAGUUCAUCAAUUAUGUUUACACGGGCAAGAUCGUGUUGCAAGAUGGCGGAGUUUUCGAAAUGCUCACGCUGGCUCAAGAACURGGUGUAGAAGACCUGCAAAACAUUUGUGAAGAGCACGUAACUUCAACUAUGUCCGUGCUGAAUGCUUGCACAUUUUUGGCUGCAGCGAUGGACAUACAAGACAGAGCUUCCACAGGUGGAAAGGGCGCAAAGUCUUUCGUUGAUCGAUGUGUUUCGUUUGUGGGCGAAAACGCAGCAAAAUGCGUGAAAACCAAUUCGUUCCUGAACCUACCCAAGGAAUCGCUGAUCAAACUCAUAUCAUCAGAUUGUUUAGCGCUCGAAGAGGAGGACGUAUGGCGAGCCGUGGUGAACUGGGCGAAAUUUCACGCUGGUGUGGUGCAGCGGACAGCUCACUGGACCGAAGAGGAACGGGCCAGGGUGUGCCAACAUUUAUCCGGAGUCAUYAAUCACGUCAGAUUAUUAUUGAUAGACUCUCAGGUAUUUGCCGAAGAAGUGGAACCAACGGGUGCCGUGCCAAUAGAAAUGUCUCUUGAACGGUACCGUUUCGCAGCGUUACCAAACAAGUUCAAAGAGAUAUCGGAUGACCAUCGUCUUCAACCACGAGUCAUGCUCAAGUUCUUUUCGGGGUCUCAUAUUUUAAGUCAAGAUAAAACCCACCUGCAACGCGUAUUAAAUCAGUGGUAUGGCAGUGUGAAACAGUGUUGGAGGUUGAUCUACAGAGCAUCCACCGACGGGUUUUCCGCCGAAUCGUUUCACAAGCACUGUGAUGGCGUGUCUCCUACCUACGUUUUAGUAUUGGGUGUGAAUGGCUGGCUGUGCGGAGGAUACAGCGACGUGCCGUGGGGUAAGAGUCACACUAAGGGUGCUUACAUGGUGUCCGAUAAGAGCUUCCUAUUUUCGCUCAGCACCACUCAAGACACCCCACCGAUAAAAUACGAUAUUGUUAAAAAACCGUACGCUAUUUGCUACCAUCAAGAGAUAGGUCCGAUAUUCGGGGCCGGCGCCGACUUGCUGAUCGCCAACAAUUGCAACGCAAAUAUGGACAGCUACAGCAACCUGCCGCACUCGUACGACGGUGAAAACGCGUCGACCAACUCACUGAUGGGCGACUACAAUUUCACCGUGGCCGAUUACGAAGUGUUCACGCCUGUCUCGUCAUCGAAAUGAACUAAACUUGCUUACGCGUGUUGAUCCACCAGAUAUUGACGACUAUGCCGUGUUUUGAUAUUAUCGCGAUUCAGAAGAGCAAACUGAUCAAAAAUAAAAAAUAAAUGUUUAAAACUAAAUCUCAAAUAUAAAAUAAUUUGUAAUAUUAAACUACAACUAUAACGCGACUAUAGUGUAAUAUAUAAUAUCAUCAUAACUGUACUUCAAAUAUUAUAUAUUGCACAUAAACACGCACAUCCCGAUCCAAUUACCUGAAAGAUCGCCACCAGCACGACGCUUUAGGUAUCAUCUCGGUCCAUAAUUUAUCAGUGAGUUUGAUGAUUUGUCUCUAUCCGAUACCCUUACUCACAUAAAGCUUGAAAAAUAUGACGACCAAUAUCCCGCUUCGUAUUUAAUGUGUUAUAUUAUCUGAAAUCAUUAUAUUAUAGUAUGUAAUAUUUCAUGAUUAACCAGUUAAACUUUUAAUUCUAAAACGUACCUAUAUUAUAUAAAUAUGUAUUCAUAUAAUAGGAAAAUAUAAUAUAUCAGGUUGGCAGAUUAGGUGGAUGGUGGAUUGUAGCCACCUUCACCCUCCCCCCCACACAAAAUGCAUGUGAAUAUUUUAAAAAUGUUUUACACGUUUAACAGUGUUGAUAUAUAAUAUAAUAUAUUAAUAUGUAAAGUUACUUUAAGUAGCUAUGAAUUUUAGAACAAAAAAAUGAGGCAUAAAUACAACGAAUUUUACAAAAAAGUAUUUUUUUUUACAAUAWCUCACACAUAUCCCUCGUUGUAUACCAAUAGUCAGUACACACGUGACAUUUUCAGACGACACAUAUUAUUAUUAUAGCCAUCGGUUAUAAUAAUAUCGUAGGUAGCGAUGAUACACCAUUAUAUCACAAAAUACGAUGUAUAUAUAUUUAAAUUAUGAUUUCAACUUAGUAAAAAAAGCGUUGAUCGUCCACUGAUGCGAACCAUAUAGGCGAGGUCAACCUUUUUGUCAUCAUAUACGCCGACAAACUCUUUGAAAUUGCGUUCGCAAACAUUGUUACGCUUUUGAGAGGUAUCUCUCGCCCGUCUUGGAGCCGUCAGACCGUAAGAUUGAAUACUUAAACCCGAACUCCUUAAGUGUGCUAUAAACUUACAAUCUCUGACAUGGGGCGUGAACCCUCGUUUAAAGUAUAUUCAAAUUAAAUAAUAAAUUACACGACAUUUUGAAUUUCUCCUAGUUUGCUCCAUAUAUGACGACGGCGACAACAAACUCCAGACAAAUCAUUACGGCAAGUGAUCAAGACAACACGUGUUAUUAUUUUAUAUUAAUUAUAUUUUUAUCAGAAUAAUUAUAUUAUAAUGUAACUUAAAUGCCGUGAUGGUGUAUUAGAAAGUAUAUGCGAGUAGUAUACCACCAGGUAGCACCCACAUCCUUAUUAGUUGUUAUAAAUUUAUGUGUAAACAAUAACAAAAUUAGUAUAUUAUUAUAGGUACACGCUGAUUAAAGAUUUGCACUUAAGAUUA